AAUUCGACAUCUGCGUCUCAGGAAGUUAGACUCCGCACCAUCAUUGCAUGUGCAUUAGACAGUGCAUAACAUUCUAGGAAAAACAUGAACGGGCGAUUCAGAGGUAUGAGUCGACUCAACUCAAACUUGGAGACAGAAAGCGUUCAGUAAAGUGACAAACAUAUGCAAAGAGAGUCGCCCCGGGACGGUCCGCCUUCAUUUCUGCCAUUCUAGGGUCGAACCCGACUAUAGGUUCAUUCUUCAUACCUUUAAUUCUUACUUCUAGCUCACGAACUAGUUCAACAUCUACGGACUCGUUUAUUCAGGCUGUAUCGGUUCUGAAGAUAUUAUGAUGGCUACGGUGGCAAAUCCCAUGCCACCACUCCCGGUACUGCUACCGCAGGGCUCAAGGCCUUCGUCUCAAGUUUCUCAGCAUGAAUGGAGACCAAAACGAGACCUUUCGAUACCCCUCCCAGCCCCGCAGGAGGAUUCUAUGACUCAAGAACAACAGAUGGCUAUGGCUAGGGUAGGCCCCGAUGGGAAGGUGAAGAAGGUGAGGCCAAGAAGAACCGUGGAUUACGGGGGACCAAUGGGUCGUUGGGCCCUGUUACGAAAGCUGCGACCGAACCAAACGUAUGUGCCGUUCCUACGGCCUGCGCCGCCAUAUAUCAUCGACCUGCUUCCACCGAAAGCGUACCCUGAAAACGCUUCAACAUCAUUAUGUACCAAGUUCGUACACACUUCAACGAAUAAAAUCAGAUGCCCUGUGAACUGUGUGACGUGGACACCAGAAGGCCGACGGAUAUUGACAGGCUCUACUAGUGGUGAAUUCACGCUCUGGAAUGGCCUGACAUUCAACUUCGAGACCAUUCUGCAAGCGCAUGACACCGCCGUGCGAGCGUUCGAGUUUUCCCAUUCUGGGUCGUAUCUCGCCUCGGCGGACCAGAGUGGUAUCAUCAAAUACUUCCAGCCUAAUAUGAACAACUUGACAGCUUGGACCGGUCACCGGGAAGCUAUCCGAGACUUGAGCUUUAGUCCUGACGAUGGCAGGUUUGCGACUGCAAGUGACGACUCGUCCAUCAAGAUUUGGUCGUUUGAGGAGAGUCGGGAAGAGAAAGUCCUUACUGGACAUGGUUGGGAUGUCAAAUGUGUGAAAUGGCAUCCGACAAAAGGUCUCCUCGUUUCAGGAAGUAAGGACAAUAUGAUUAAGUUCUGGGAUCCUCGAAUGGGAACCGUGCUCUCCACACUUCAUUACCAUAAGAACACCGUACAGGCUUUGGCUUGGUCGCCAGAUGGUAACUUUGUUGCUAGCGCAUCUCGGGACCAGACCGUUCGAGUGUUCGACAUCCGCGCUAUGAAAGAAUUCCGCGUCUUGAAAGGUCACAAGAAAGAAGUUUGCUCUGUAACAUGGCAUCCAUUCCAUCCUCUACUCGUAUCCGGAGGUUCUGAAGGCUCAAUUCUUCAUUGGGACCUGUCUUCUUCAACAGACCCGCUUCCAACUCAAUCCGCUUCACAUGUCCCAGGACCUCGAGCCACUCUUUCACAAGCACAUGAUUCUAACGUCUGGUCACUGACCUUCCACCCUCUCGGUCACCUCCUUGUCUCCGCUUCCAAUGACCAUACAACACGAUUCUGGUGUCGCGAACGACCAGGAGACGCGACUUCAGUGUUCUCCGGUGGCGGAGAGAAACCACCCGAAGUGGUUGAUGGCGGAGGACAAGACGAAGAUGAAGACAACUUUGUUCCUGGGUUCAACUUCGCUUCUGGCGCAGGUGCACCAGGACAAACUUGGGACGACCAAGGGCCGAGUGGUGCAAGCGGAUACGAUGGUUAUGGUCGUGGCCGAGGUGGUGGAUAUGGUGGAGGAUAUCAACAAGAUGGCGGAGAGGGAGAGGAUUUCAUCCCUGGAUUGGGACCUGGACCCUCGGAUACCGGUGUGUCGAGCUCGAUUGCGACGCGUCAGAGUGGUCCUCUACCGUCGCAGGAAGAUCUCUAUCCUGGGGAUGGCGAAGAACAGUGGGGACGUGGUCGCUCUGGUGGUGGAGGUGGACGAGGCGGGGGUGGAGGUGGUAGAUGGGGAGGGGGAGGAGGAGGCGGUGGAGGUGGUGGUGGUCGCCGCCGAUAUUGACCACCGAUUUGCUGCUUCGUGUUUCGUUACAUCGUAUUUAGUUCUACGUGCAAUGCAGCUCUUGUGUGACGAGAAAAGGCUCCACGUCAUCUGCCUUAUGAUGAUCUUUGUUUCUUUCAUACUUGCCUUUCACAGAGGUAAGAUGCUAGCCGACGUUCUUGAGGUCU